AUGACCCAGGAAAAAACUGUUACUAUAGACAUUAGUUACUAUCCUGGAAGUGCUGGAGGUCAAGUCAAACAAGAUGAGAAUGGAGGAUAUUUCUACAAUAGUAAUGGUGGAAUAGUUCUUCUAACGGAUGACUGGUAUCCUGAUUUAGAAGGAACUUAUAUAAAGUUAACACACACUCCAGAAUCAGGAAAUAUCCAAAGCAUUAUACACAAUGCAAAACCUCUUUCUAAAUUUGAGGGUAUAGAUAAAUAUUCAAGUGUCUCUGUCUUUUACUGGGCUCUUGAUUAUCAGUUUCAAAAUCCCCUACUAAUUCAACUUGGUAGCGGAAAUGCGUAUUACGUCACUGAAGGUGGAGAUAGUUGGACUAAGGAUUCUAGUACACCUAGUGAUCUCAGGGAGAAACUUAACAAGCAGAACUGUGAAAGGAACCAGGCCCAUAUUGUAGACAUUUCACAGAAGCCCGGUAGUAGCCGAAACACUUAUUACUAUUGUCCCAGCUGUACUACUCCAACAAAAAUUGAUGUAUCAUAUAUCAUUUCCACUUCCUAUACACCUUCUACUUAUUCUAGAUCAUUCUCCAUCACUAGUUUCAAGAAUACCGACGUUUGGCAAGCUGGACUUCCAUCUCUAAAUGGUAUACAAACUGUCAAAGUAUACUGGAACAGGUCUGGAACACCCAUCCUAAUUGGCGCUCAGUUACAAGAUAGAUGGGUGCAAAAAUUCUUCAGAAAAAACGCCGGUGAUGUAAAAUCCUGGAUUGAAGUCUCUACUGGCCAAAAUGAUCUUCCUAACGGACAAACUCCUCAAAUUACUCCAGAUUUAUAUAAACCGUCUGGUGUAACAUACACUGAUGGAGUUGUAAAGAUUACCGUGCGAAACAGUCACAUAGGUAAUGGUUAUUACAGAUGCCAGCAUUCUCUUUGUGGUGGACCAUUUACAGUUGAGAGUGUUAAGCAUAAUAAUGCUCCGCUUACUGGUGUAUCCUCUCGAGACACUCUUGACAGUGUUUCAGCCUAUUACUUUGGAAGUGAUCUUUCACUUGACAAUAUUCUCCUGGUUGAACUGCGACUAAAGGGUGGUACCACAUUUAAGUACUUUUGCAAAACAGCUAAAGGGGAAAAUCUACUAGAUAAGCUUGGUGAGCUUAAGAAUAUACAAUUUCCUGCUAGUCCACCGGACAUUGGUCAAAAGAUACUUGGUUUCAUUAGAGAUCACCACGGUCAAAUUGCUGGUCUAGGAGGCUUAGCUGCAGUAGGAACUGUUAUUGGUCUAUUAAAGAAGUUUUGGGGUACCAUAGCGACAAUCCUCAUUACUUCCGUCUUUGACAAUGACAAGAUCGUAAAGGUCGAGUUCCACAAAAAGCUCCCUCUUUUGCUGGUUGCAUCUCACAGCGGGACCGUUCGUUGUCUUCAUGUUAGUGUUCCGGAGGAUCUAUCAAAGGAUCCGCUAAUAGUCCCGCUUAGGGAUCUCAAGACGAAGGAGAAGCUGCUAGAUGCCACGUGGCAUCACACGGAGCCGUGGCUUUAUACUACAUGCAGCAAGGGAGCCCUAAUGUGGGCCUAA